AUGAUGAACUGGAGAAGGGGAAGAGGGUCAUUCUCAUCCUGGCUACUUAUUGUGAUGCUGUUUGCUCUGAGGAAAAUCCAGACAGUCCACCACAAGCAUGAAAUAAAACACACUGCAGUGGGCACAUCCCAAACAAUCUCUGAUGUCAUUAUUGUUGCCUUCCUUGAUGACAUCCCAAGGGCUUCAUAUUACAAAUCAAACCACCAGAUGGUGGUGAAGACACCCUGGAUUGCUGAGGCUGUGGGAACAAACUUAAUUGAGGAUAUGCGACAUUUCUCAAUGAACCAUGAAGGAGAUUAUCAGUUCAUUAUCCAUUACUUGACAAUAAAUGACACCAAGACUGAGAGGAAUUACACAUUGCAGAUUCAUUUCAAUUGAGAAUUAGAUGGAGAUAUCCAGUUGAGCAGCCUUAUAAAGUAUGGCUUGAAUGGAGAAGAUUUGAUCCAGGUAGAAGGGCUAGAAGGACAAUGGGUGGUCCUGAACCCUAGGGCUCAUAGCUUCAAAUUCCUUGCAGAGAGUCCUUUCUGGACUGAAGUGAGAAAACAUGAAAAUAAAAGAUAUUGUCUUGGAGCCACACAGAAAAUCCUUCAAAAAUCAAGCAUAAAAGAGAAUCUACCACCCGAGGUGUACGUGUCCCAUCGAGAUUUCCCCAAUGGCACUAUCAGCUUCUCCUGCACAGCCACAGGUUUCUACCCACAAUCCACUCUGCUGCACUGGAACAAGGAUAUUGAUGGUGCUAUAUGGGGGAACGAGAGCUCUAGUGUCACCCUGUCUAAUUCUGAUGACACCUUCUAUCUCCGAAUCUCCCUGGAGAUCCCGCCAGGAGACACAGGGACAGGUUAUGCUUGUGUGGUAGAUCACAGUCAGCUGGAGACCCCAGCCAUGUACCCUGGUGAAAGCCCCCCCCAGUGGAAUUUGUGGCCUGUUGCCCUGAGCAUCCUUCUAGCAGCCAUCCUGGUGAUUAGCUGUUUUGUGGUCUUCACCAAAUGGAAGAGGAGAAAGUCAGGUGUGUAUUGUCAGGCUCAGUCAUACCCAACAGUCAAGGACAGGUUCUGCCUGGUGACAGCCAUCCUGGAGGGCAAUGAUAGGAAACCUUUGCACACCAAUCCCAACUUGGGUAUGGAUAAGAGAUAG